AUGUCAGAAACUCACAAUAAUGAAUUAUUCCUACGACCUGGGAACACCGAAGGUGGGGGGGCCCCGUUUCUACCAAGUGCAGUUGCUUCUCCCUCGGAAAGAAGACUCAGAUUGGCGCAGCCCGCCGCCUUGAGUGUAGCAUGCCAAAGUUCGGAAGAUUUUGAAGCACAGAGUCUUGAUCUGGUUCUGAGGAGCCUUCGGACGCUCCUGGACGCAAAUCCAUUUAAGCAGCUUGUCGUUGGCCUAUCAGGCGGCAGCACUCCGGGACCGUUGUACGCUGCGUUGAGGCAGACAGCCAUUGCACAUGUUGAGAGAGAAAAAGGCCAAGCAUCACCUGCAAGCGGACAACAGAGUUCAGGAACAUCGUCGCACCUAGCCAUUGAUUUUUCGCGCGUGAGCUUUUUCCUGGUUGAUGAACGAUAUGUACCACCUACGCAUCCGAAGUCGAAUGUCCGCCUGGUCAUGGAGGAGUUGUUCGGACAGGAGGUUUGGAGCGACCCAGAAGCCGGUGGUGCCACGAAAUUUAGGCCGACAGCUGAUUCGUGGCCCCACCCCCGUUUCGAUUUCUCAUAUCCAGACACAUCCUUGCCCAUGGAUCAAUGCAUUGAGAAGUACAGAGAGAGCUUGAGCAACUUGCUCUGGAGACACGGAGGUGUGGACCUUGUGCUACUGGGCAUGGGGGAUGAUGGCCAUAUCGCAUCGAUCUUCCCACCCCUCAGCAUGACUCAAUAUGAGGCCUCAGUAUGCCCAAGUACCAUAGCGGUUCACUCAACAACAGACCGCUUUGACGUCCAUGAUCGCAUUUCCGUCACCCUGCAGGUGCUUGCUGGGGCGAGCCGCAAGGUGUUCCUUAUAAAGGGCGAAUCAAAGUUGGACACUUGGUUCCGAAUGGAAUCUGACCCGGAGCAGGUGGGUGAAGUUCCCAGCUGCUUUUACCGCAUGUUUGGCCUGUAG